GUGGCGGUGGUGCUAGUCAAUCGUGAAUCUUGAGCGCGAGAAACGUACACCGAUAAAAAAAAAGGUCUCCAGAUCCGCGCCGGAUUGUUGUUUGCUCUCGGGUUUCAACUUGUGUUGGCGGAACCGACCAAAAACCACCCCAUCCGCGAAAGACAAACUCUCUUGGGCGGCAUCAACAUUCUCGGGACCGGGAACCGGCCAUCAGUGUAGUGGCGUACGCCAAAGGUGUCAGAUCGUGGUGGUGCCAAAGGUGCGUGUUCUGUGCUGUGCGUGACAACAUGAUUCCCUGGCAACGGUUUCUACUGUUCGGUGUGCUGCUGCUCGCGUUGCUAGCUGAUCGACAGCACCAUGGACAUCAACGUGGAUCGACCGGAGCGACGGCGAGCAUCAUCUAUGCCGGUUACAAGCUACCGAUGCCACACCACCGCACAUUCUACAAAUCAUUCGGCGAGCGUAAGAUCGGUCCCAAUCUGUACGAGGUGACGACCAUCAUCCAGGAGGACAUACUGAUCCGCAAACAGUGCGAAUGUAUGGUGCGCUACCGGUGCCGAGUACCGCGGAACAUCUUCUACCUCGACAACCAUGACUGCCACCAUCGGGAGCGAGUGUGCUGCGAGAUGCUGGAGAACGCGUACGAAUCGACCGCGAACGAGACGAGGGCGGCGGCCAGUGAUCGGACCAGCGAUAAUGAAAUCUAAUCGUAUCGUAGUAACACCAACC